AGGGAUGCAAAAUUGUGUCUGCGCAGUGCAUCCUCAACUCUGCAACAGCUGAGCCUUUCACCACUCACCACCAUGCCUACGCCAUAUUCAGGCAUAUUCCAAGGCUCCAUCAGAUUCAGAGCCCUGUCGCGGUUCAACUGCACUUCUGUCAGACCUUCUCUUCCCUCCAUUUUCACCACUCCUCUUUACCGCACUUCCAUUCGCCCUCGCUUUACGUCCUUCUCUGCCUCGCUUCGCCUCCAUUCAAACGGCACGCUUAAACAGAGGCCCGUUACUUUGCCGUUUUGGCACCAACACAGCUCCAGUUAUGGUCGUUUUGCCUAUCAGGACCCGUCCAGUGACGAUUCCGAUGCCGAAUUCGGCCCUUCUCCCUCUCAUCCUCAUUAUCAACAAUUGGGGGAGUCAACACUUGAAAACAUUGAUGAGUGGAGAUGGAAGCUGACUAUGCUUCUUCGCAACAAAGACGAACAAGAAGUUGUGUCCAGAGAGAAAAAAGACCGUCGCGAUUUUGAGCAACUUUCAACUUUAGCUACUAGGAUGGGUUUGUAUAGCCGGCAGUAUUCAAGAGUUGUUGUGUUUAGCAAGGCACCUUUGCCAAAUUACCGCCCUGAUCUCGAUGAUAAGCGUCCACAAAGAGAGGUAAUGUUACCAUUUGGUGUUCAUAAAGAAGUAGACACUUAUCUCCUUGCCCACCUUUCACAAAAGGCUACAAACAGGUUGGGUUCUUUGGAUGAUUCCUUACAUAGAUCAAUUGAUGCUAGAAGCAUUCCUGCCGAUGAAGGAAUUUAUGAGCAGACUGAGCCCACAACCCAAAAUAGUGUUGUCAAGGAGAAAAUCCUUCUACGAAGAAGUUUGCAACUGCGUCAUCAGCAACAGGAUUGGCAGGAGUCUCCUGAAGGGCAAAAGAUGCUGGAAUUUCGUAGAAGGCUUCCUGCAUUCAAAGAGAAGGAUGCAUUUUUGAGAGUCAUUUCAGAGAAUCAGGUCGUUGUUGUCUCAGGUGAAACUGGUUGUGGUAAGACCACACAACUUCCUCAAUACAUAUUAGAAUCUGAGAUUGAAGCUGCACGUGGAGCUGUAUGUAACAUAAUUUGUACUCAGCCCAGAAGGAUAUCUGCUAUGUCUGUUUCUGAAAGAGUUGCGGCAGAGCGUGGGGAGAAAUUGGGAGAAUCUGUUGGUUACAAAGUUCGUUUGGAGGGUUUGAAAGGGAGAGAUACUCGUCUUCUUUUUUGCACCACAGGUGUAUUAUUACGGAGAUUGCUUGUUGAUAGGAAAUUAAAAGGUGUAACUCAUGUUAUUGUUGAUGAAAUUCAUGAACGUGGAAUGAAUGAAGAUUUUCUUCUCAUUGUCCUGAAGGAACUUCUCCCUCGUCGUCCUGAUUUGAGGUUGAUUUUGAUGAGUGCAACCUUAAAUGCUGAGCUUUUUUCUUCAUACUUUGAUGGUGCUCCAACUAUGCAUAUUCUGGGUUUUACAUUUCCAGUUCGAGCAUAUUUUCUUGAGAAUAUUUUGGAAAGGACUGGAUAUCGGUUGACACCUUAUAAUCAGAUUGACGACUAUGGUCAAGAAAAAACAUGGAAAAUGCAGAAACAAGCUCAAGCUUUCAAAAAAAGAAAGAGCCAGAUUGCUUCUGCUGUUGAGGAUGCUUUAGAAGUUGCAGAUUUUAAGGGUUAUAGUCCACGCACUCAAGAUUCAUUGUCCUGCUGGUGCCCUGACUCAGUUGGUUUUAACCUUAUUGAACACGUGCUUUGUCACAUUGUUAAGAAUGAAAGGCCAGGUGCCGUUUUGGUUUUUAUGACUGGUUGGGAUGAUAUAAACUCUUUGAAGGAUAAACUCCAAGGUCAUCCUUUGUUGGGGGAUCCGAGCCGAGUAUUGCUUCUUGCAUGCCAUGGCUCCAUGGCCAGCUCUGAGCAGAGGUUGAUAUUUGAAAAUCCUGAAGGAGGGGUGAGGAAAAUUGUUUUGGCAACGAACAUGGCUGAGACUAGCAUUACCAUCAAUGAUGUUGUCUUUGUGGUUGACUGUGGAAAAGCAAAAGAAACAUCAUAUGAUGCAUUAAACAACACUCCUUGUUUGCUUCCAUCUUGGAUCUCAAAAGCUGCUGCCCGGCAGAGAAGAGGAAGGGCUGGUCGUGUUCAGCCUGGUGAAUGCUACCAUCUUUAUCCCAGAUGUGUAUAUGAUGCUUUUGCUGACUAUCAAUUGCCAGAGCUCUUAAGAACACCGUUGCAGUCCUUAUGUCUACAAAUCAAAAGUCUACAACUUGGAAGCAUCUCUGAGUUUUUAUCUAAAGCUCUGCAGCCACCAGAGCCUCUAUCGGUUCAAAAUGCUGUUGAAUAUUUGAAGAUUAUUGGAGCAUUAGAUGAGAACGAAAAUUUAACAGUUUUAGGGCACAAAUUGUCAAUGCUUCCUGUAGAGCCCAAACUUGGCAAAAUGCUCAUUUUGGGAGCUAUCUUAAACUGUUUGGAUCCUAUAAUGACUGUUGUUGCUGGUCUUAGUGUAAGAGAUCCAUUUGUGAUGCCAUCUGACAAGAAGGAUCUUGCUGAGUCUGCCAAGGCCCGAUUUGCUGCUCGUGACUAUAGUGAUCAUCUUGCACUUGUCCGGGCUUAUGAGGGUUGGAAAGAUGCUGAAGCACAACAAGCUGGUUAUGAGUACUGUUGGCGAAAUUUUCUUUCUUCUCAAACACUUAAGGCCAUUGACUCUCUUCGAAAGCAAUUCUUUUACUUGCUCAAAGAUAUUGGUCUGGUCAAUAACAAUUCUGAAACUUACAAUACUUGGAGUCAUGAAGAGCAUCUUCUCCGUGCUGUCAUCUGUGCGGGUUUGUUUCCUGGAAUAUCCUCUGUCAUGAACAAAGACAAGUCCAUAGCACUGAAAACAAUGGAGGAUGGCCAGGUUCUUCUAUAUGCUAGCUCUGUAAAUGCUGGUGUACCCCAAAUUCCAUACCCAUGGUUAGUGUUUAAUGAAAAGGUGAAAGUAAAUUCAGUAUUCCUUAGGGAUUCAACUGGCAUAUCUGAUUCAGUGCUGCUCUUAUUUGGUGGGAAUGUAUCCCGAGGUGGACUAGAUGGUCACCUGAAAAUGUUGGGAGGCUAUUUGGAGUUUUUUAUGAAACCAGAAUUAGCCAAGACUUGCUUAAGCUUAAAGAGGGAACUGGAAGAACUGAUACAGAGAAAACUUCUGGAUCCCAUGUUGGAUACUCAAUCGCAUAAUGAGCUUCUUUCAGCAGUUAGAUUGUUGGUAUCAGAGGAUCAGUGUGAUGGUAGAUUUGUCUUUGGUCGCCAGGUCGUACCAAAAAUAAAGAAGGAAACAAAUUCCAAAAGUAGCGGUGGAGUUGGGAGUGAUAAUUCUAAAAAUCAGCUUCAAACAUUCCUUAACAGGGCUGGACAUGAAUCACCAACUUACAAAACAAAGCAGCUGAAAAACAAUCAAUUCCGUUCUACUGUCAUAUUCAAUGGCUUGAAUUUUGUUGGUCAGCCAUGCAACAGCAAAAAAUUAGCAGAAAAAGCUGCUGCUGCUGAGGCUCUUCUAUGGUUAAAAGGGGAUACCCAUUCCUCUGAUGAUAUCAACCAUGCAUCUGUGCUUUUGAAAAAGAGCAGCAAGAAAAGUAGGAAAAAUUCAUUUAGUGGUGCUAAAUGGAGUUGAACUGCCUUUAAAAGCCUACCUUGGACAGAUCAUAUAUUUGUUAAUUGGGUUAUAUACUGAAGAGGAACUUGUUUAGUUGAAGGCUGUGGUGCACUGGAUUCAAGGAUCUUUCCAGUCAUAAUUUCAAUGAGUUUACAGAGCUAUUGAGUGACCUUGAAUUUGGCUGGUCUGAGCCCGUGUUUUUGUAAAGGGUGAUUGCAUCCAGAGUUUAUCUUGAUUUGGAGCACAAUUCAAUACGUGUAUUUCUCCAAUUGUUUUAGGCUGAUUUGGCCCAGAGCAGAGAUUUGCUGGCUGAGCCACUUCUGUACUUGCAAAAGAAUUUUUAUAGUAGAGGUGUAAGCAGCCAAAAUUUAUAUCCAUAUGCUGAUGAUGCAUUCUUUUUGCGUUGCUCUUGCGGUAGAGAUGCUUCUGAAGAGGAUUCACUUGCAAUAAUUCAUUGGUGGACAAAACACUUUCUACACUCAAGACCAGGCAUUUUAUGAAAGAGAUAUGUAUACCAUUAAAUUCCUAGUCAGAUGUAAUAGUUGCUCAGGAACAUGUUUAAGUUAAUAAAGCCUGCUGAUAUAGAAUUUUUUAAGAUGAAUUUUACUUUCAAAAGCCCAUUAUGAGGCUUGUUACCCCUAACAUGAAUUCUUUUGGUACUGAUUGUAAGCUGUGGGAGGUAAUUUAAUCCGAUGAAAGGGGGAGAUCAAUUUUGAUUUACUGAAUUUCAGUUUCUGUUUCAAAAAUCAAUAGAAUUGAUUUAAGUUGUAUAAUUUCUAGAACUUACAAUCGUCUAUGGCGAUAAGACAAUGAUAGGGAUAGGAUCCACUUAAAGCAAAGCUCGGUAUAACAGUGCAUCAGAUUCAUAAUGGCAGUGUACGAAUUUCUAUGGACCUUGAAUGGAUUCUUUCAAAUGUUAUCCUCUCAAACAACCCUACCUUGGUUUACGCCAUUAUGUUCAAAUUUCACUACAAAAUAAUUACAAAUAUCCAAUAGUGUUU